GUUUUCCGUUUCCGCAUUUAGAUUAAUUCAAUCUUGGGAAGAAAAAGAAAAGGCUCACCUGUGAGGCGCUGCUUCACUCGUGUCGUUCGUGCUUCUGUUGGCAAUAUGGGGAGUGUUUAACAUCAGAAUUAUACAAGGAGAUGAUGUGAAACCGUUCGGAUAGAAUAUUGAAGUAAAAUGCAAGGAUAUAAGACAUUCCUAGAGUUGGUUGGCUUUUGGGGAAGAGCAAGGGUGCCAUUCCAUGAAGUCCCCAUUAUUGGCACCAUCUGCUAUAUCAGCAUCACAUGCUUCAUUUGCCGACUACUCCGCAUAGCCAAUCAGAAGCUCCCGAAGUGGCUUCAAGACUACACUUGUGAUGUCAUAUCAACAUUCCAGCUCUGCGCUUGUGGUCUGGAGAACUUUGUCAUUAGGCGUUUUUAUGGUUUCAAACUGUACAUUCCAUAUUCGUUCUGCAUUGGCAUCUGGUAUUCGUGGACUUACGAUGGGUCAACCAGUAACCCAUGCAAGUCACUCAUCAAGUAUAUGAAUGGGACCAUGAGCUUGAAAAAAGUAGUCCUGAAAAUAUUCCUACAGCUGAUUUUCGGUGUCAUUGUAGGAUAUGAGUAUGCUCGAAGUAUGUGGUAUUUCGAAAUGUCUCAUCCACAUGCUGCACGCUAUGUCGCCACUUCCUGUAGGUCAGAUCUGACGGUUCCAUUUGUCUUUGGAUUUCUCAUAGAGUUCUUUGGGACUAUACUUGAUGUACUGAUUGGAUCUACCCCACUGACCAACAAAGCUAUGAGCCAUUUUGAUGUUUACAUUCGCAGCUUUCUAGGAGUUUGCCUUACCUUGACAGGUAUCCUCUAUACAGGGAUGUUCCUUAACCCUGCAAAUGCUUCAGUUCAGACCUUUGGGUGUGAUGGAGUCUCCACUGUAGAACACAUCUUCAUCUACACCAUUGGGCCCAUGGUAGCAACGGCAUUAGCAUACAAACUCCACAGUCAUCUAGCUUACGUCAUCAAAACCGAAAUGGUUACAAACUUUAUCAGAAAUGGACUCAGUUUUGAUAAGAUGGCGUUAAAGAUGGAAGAAAGUGGAAGACAUAACGAAUUUGUAUCAUCGAAAAAUGAAAAAGUGCAGUAUGGAAAAAACGGAACAAUGCCUACGAAAGCUGUUACGAAUAAAAACAACUUGAAAAGAAGUGGUAAGAAAUCACCUAAUAGAUUGCCCUCUCCACAAAAAAACGGUGUAGCGUCAUAUGGUGCUGAGUCGUCGUACAGUGUAGGUAAGGAAAAUAAAACGAAAGGAAGUGCUCAGUAUGAGAGAAAGGAUUAUUUUGCUACCGUGUUGAGAAGAAGUAGACGCAUUGCAAACAAAAGUUAAUCAUUGCAUGCAGUUGAGAUUGCUUAUACAUGAAAUUUUAGUUUCGAGCUAGAGGGUAUUGUUACAACAGCAAAACCAUAAUUUAAGAGCUUAUCCAUUUUAAUAUAUCAGAGCUUAUUUUAAACUAAAAUUUCUGACUAACAGAAGUGUUUUGGUUGUCUUUCUUAAAAUGCUAAUAACUACCAGGGGUCAGGGCAUAAAAUCAAUGUUCUUCAAAGAUUGUAAUUAUACCGUGAGCUCUUUUGGUUUUUUAACAAAGCCUCGGGUUUUCUUUCAAAAAUGAUCUAUUGUACCUUUAUGUUUAUGUUUUUAUGUAUAUCACCAGCUGGUCUCGAUUGGAACUUUAUACUUUAAGAUCUUAAAGUUACUUUUAUAUUAUGGUCUUUCUUUUGAGUUAAAAUAUGAAAUGAAUGUUUGCUUUUCUCGAACGAGUGUA